AUGCAACCAGGAGAAUGUUUAAUUCCACAUGCAGAAAAAUCUGAUACUUUACCCUUGUAUGGCCAUAUACUUUGCCCUUGUAUUGAAUUCAGAAAGCAGCUCCAGAUAGUUGAGAGGGAUCUGGAAGAUACCCAAUCAGUCAAUGCAAGCCGCCUGGGUAUUCGGACCUGUUCUCACCUAUCACCUGUAUAUCUUCUGUGUCACUCAGCCAUGAUUAGUGAUGCUGACUGCCAUAUCAAUGGACCUGGGCUCAAACCCCAGAGAAGGCAUGGCUUCUUAUUUUUGUUUGGUGAAAAUAUGCCACUCUCUCAAUCUUUAAUUAGUGCUCUUUGUGAUCUCUUGUUUUGUCCAGACUUUACUGUUUCUGCAGGAAAAAGAUCAGGACCUGAUAAUCCAGAAGAUUUACAAUCUAUAGAUAGCUGUGAAUAUAUAUGGGAGGCUGGAGUUGGUUUCGCACAUUCUCCUAGUCAUGUUCCACAACAUGAUUAUAAUAGAACUGAAAUUUUGAAACUUCUUCUGGCAUGCUUUAGUCAAACUAUGUAUAUGCCUGCAGCUGAUGUCCACAUGAAUCCAAACAAAUGGAUACAAUAUUUUACUUCCGCUGAUAACAGACAUGCAUUACCUCUUUUCACAUCGCUGCUAAAUGUAGUUUGUGCAUAUGAUCCUGUUGGAUAUGGAGUUCCAUUCAACCAUUUACUCUUCACUGAUUCUAGAGAACCUCUAGUUGAAGUUGCAUUGCAACUUCUUAUUGUUUCUCUUGAUCACGAUUUUAGGGAAACUACAUCAGAUGACUCUUCUGAAAAGGCAUUUCCUAGCAAUCUGUUUAUCAAUUACCUUUCACGAAUACACCGAGAAGAAGAUUUUUGUUUUAUUUUAAAGGGCUUUACUAGACUCCUGAACAAUCCUUUGAUCCAAACAUACAUUCCCAAUUCUACAAAAAAAGUGCAGUUUCAUCAGGAGCUUCUAAUAUUUUUUUGGAAAAUAUGUGAUUAUAAUAAAAAAUUCAUGUUUUAUGUUCUGAAAAGUAGUGAAGUACUUGAAGUUUUGGUUCCUAUUCUGUAUCAUCUGAAUGAUGCAAGGGCUGAUCAGUCAAGAGUAGGUCUUGUUCAUAUUGGAGUCUUUAUUUUGCUGCUGUUAAGUGGAGAGAGGAAUUUUGGUGUGAGAUUAAACAAACCAUAUACAGCAAGUGUGCCUAUGGAUAUUCCUGUGUUUACUGGAACUCAUGCUGACCUCUUAAUAAUUGUUUUCCAUAAAAUUAUUACUACUGGUCAUCAGCGUCUCCAGCCUCUAUUCGAUUGCCUUUUAACUAUAAUAGUAAAUGUUUCUCCUUAUCUGAAAACAUUAUCUAUGGUUGCCAGUACAAAACUUCUGCAUUUGCUUGAGGCUUUUAGCACUCCUUGGUAUUUGUACAGCAGUCCUACAAAUCAUCACCUUGUUUUCUUCCUAUUAGAAAUUUUUAAUAACAUUAUACAAUAUCAGUUUGAUGGUAAUUCAAAUUUAGUGUAUACAAUAAUUCGUAAAAGAAAUGUUUUCCAUUCAUUGGCAAAUUUGCCUACUGAUCAUAAUACAAUCCAAAAAUCUCUCAGCAAACGUAACAAAUUAGUACCUUCAACCAGUACCAUGAGUCUGAAUAGUUGUGUCUCAGGCAUUAAUAAUCAAAGCAUGGAAGGGUCCACACCUGCAAAACCAGCAGAAAAAGGAACUUUAAAUGCUUCUUUAGCAGCCACACCAUGUAUAGAUAAAAUGACAGAAAGAGAACGUGCUCAUCCUCCAAGUGCUCCCACAAGUCCUCCUGCAAGUCCAACAGAAACUAGUCCCCCUUCAGUACACAAUUCUAUUCUUAAUAACAAAUCAACUGAAAGUGCUAGUAAUUUGGAGAAAAAAUUUGAAGGCUUAGAACCUGAAGGACAAGAAAUGGUGACUGCAGCAAAUGCACCUGACACAGAAAAUUCUAGUAAAGAGGAGGAAGGAAAAAUUGAUAGUUCAUCAACUAAGGUUUCACCCCCUCUUAGCCCAACACCUUCAAUUGAUUCAUCAAGUUCUGAAGCUGCAUCUACAGUUACCAAUACUUUCCAUCGAACUCGUGCUAGUUCUGCUGCUAGUUUUUCUACUACAAGUUCUGUUACUGGUGUUCCUCCUAGCCAGUGGGUUCCAACUUCUGACUGGGUUAUUUCAUGGAAACAGAAAUUACCUCUUCAAACUAUAAUGAGACUUUUGCAAGUUUUAGUACCUCAGGUUGAGAAAAUAUGCAUUGAUAAGGGAUUAACUGAUGAAAGUGAGAUUCUGAAAUUUCUACAACAUGGAACUCUAGUAGGUUUAUUACCUGUGCCCCAUCCCAUUUUAAUUCGAAAAUACCAAGCUAAUAGUGGAACUACAAUGUGGUUUAGAACCUAUAUGUGGGGAGUCAUAUAUUUAAGAAAUGUGGAUCCUCCAAUUUGGUAUGAUACUGAUGUGAAGUUAUUUGAAAUCCAAAGAAUAUAAAUAUGCUUUACUUAUUCAGAAUGUUGUGAAAAACAGCCUAAUAUAUUGCAUGGUUGCAAAUGUUAUAAAGCAUGUAAAAACUCAAAUAUAACAGCUUUUCAAUAUCAAGUGAAAUACAUUAGAAACCCACUGAUCCAUUCUAGUUAGCAUUGAUGGAAGUAACAGUUUUGAAGGGGAAUAGAGAACACAUAGUAUGUAUGUACAUAUACUAAGUUUUACAAAAUGAAGAUUUUUAACAAUGCUUUUAAAAAAUAUAAUGUAUUAGUAUCAUAUGACAUGUAUGCAUACAAGCAUAUGAAGAAAAGUGAAGAAAUGCUUAUAAAAAUGAGGGAAAAUGUACUUGCAGAUGAAAUCCCUCUCUAGUAUAAAAUUUCUUUCCCUCUUUCUUUCUCUUUUUAUAUAAAGACUUCCUUUUUUAAAAAAAAUUGUAUAUAAUAUCAUUAUCAGAUAUAUUGCAUCCUAUGUGACUGACUAUCAAAGGUUACAAGCAGUUGGGUCUCUACUGUAUUUCUUUACUAUAACUAUUUUUGGCUGUAUUUUUUCUUCCAGUAAAGCUUUACUAUGCUAAACAAUUAUUUUUAUAGGAAAAAUUAAUGAUCGCCUACACUCACAGAAAUAAAAAUUCAUGAAAAGUUUCCAGAUUUCUUUUGUUUAAAAUUUACAUUCAUAAUUGCAUUUUUUAUGAAUAUAUAUUUGCAUUUAGAAUUUGUUUUAUUAUCCGUACAAUUUGAGUAACAUACUGAAUCAAUAUAAUAUCAUAAUUAAAUUAAUGCAUUUUAUAUGUCAUUUAACUUGUAAAUCUUUUGAGUAUAAAUCAUUAUAGUUUUCUGAUUAGUUUUGCAUUGCACAUAUUUUGAAUAUUUAUGAUUUAGGUACUAUCUUUUGUACUUUCUUCUUGUAUUCCAAAGAUUUCAUUCUGAUUCUAGUCUUUUCUAUCUUUACAUUUGUUUGUUAUGUUUUUAUCUUUGUUAAUUUGUGUUUGAAAAGUUCGUAUAACUUUUUAUUUUUAAUAUCUGCAUUUCUUUUAUGAUGUAUGAAUGUUUUUGACAAAUUACAUUUUAUUUACAAUUGUCUUUUUUUUUUUUUUCUAAAAUGUAUUAGGUAUCUGUGGUGAUUUAAAGUCAAAGAAUUUAUCUUAUUUAUAUGUGAUUAUAUAGUUUUCUGCAUAAUAUACUGCACAUAAACUGGACUGUAUUCUGUGCAAUGAUGUUUUUACUGUGUUAAAUUGAGAUUUUGUGCAUUGUUUUAAAAGUAAAAUUCUCCAUAUGGAGAGAUUAUAAAUACAUCUGUUUAAUGAAAUAAACCACAAUAUCAAGAAUAA